AAAAGGUACAGUUUUUGAUUCUUGGAAGAAACAACUUCUUCGAAACUCCUGACUGGUCUGAAUUUUCAGGCAUGCCUUCGUUGACUUACCUUGAUUUUUCUCUAAACAGUCUUCGUUAUUCAGAAUUCCCAGAAUUUAUAUCUAAAUGUUUGAACUUGACAUUCCUUGACUUGUCUGGAAAUUUCUUUACUGGCCAAAUACCAGAAGUGGUAUUUACUAAUCUGCGCAAGCUUGAGUUUCUAAAUCUCAACAAUAACAAAUUCCAAGGACCAUUGCCAACAAGCUUUCCUAAGCUUAAACACCUUCAUUUAGCACAAAACAAAUUCGGUGGUGCUAUUCCUGAAGACAUUGGUUUGAUAUCUGGUCUUCAGCGUAUUAACUUCGUUUCGAAUUUCCUUGAAGGGCCAAUUCCAUCAUCUAUAGUCCAACUCAGGGAGCUUAAAUACCUUGCUCUUAGCUAUAAUUCCUUAAACUCUUCAAUCCCUUCUGAGCUUGGCCUUUGCACCAACCUCACCUACUUGGCCCUAGCUUCCAAUCACCUUGAAGGGCCAAUUCCAUCAUCUAUAGGCCAACUCAGGGAGCUUCAGUACCUUGAUCUUCACAUGAAUUCCUUAGACUCUUCAAUCCCAUCUGAGCUUGGUCUUUGUCCCAACCUCACCUACUUGGACCUGACUUCCAAUCACCUUGAAGGGAAAAUUCCGCCUUCUAUAGGCCAACUCAGAGAGCUCUGGUACCUUGAUCUUAGUAACAAUUCCUUAAAUUCUUCAAUCCCUUCUGAGCUUGGUUUUUGUACCAGCCUCACCUACUUGACCCUGGCUUCCAAUAAACUCAAUGGGGACCUGCCUCUGUCCUUGUCCAAUCUGAACAACCUCACCGAUCUGAGUUUAUUUGAUAAUUGGUUUACCGGUCCACUCUUGCCUUCUCUGCUCUCCAAUUGGACCAAAGUGGUCUCUUUGCAACUUCAACACAACAGCUUUAGUGGGAAUAUUCCACCAGAAAUUGGACUGUUGACAAGCCUCAAUGUGCUUUAUCUGAAUGAUAAUAAGUUCUCUGCCUCAAUUCCGUCAGAUAUAGGAAGAUUAUCAGAUUUGAGAAGCUUGGAUCUUUCGAGAAACCAGCUCUCUGGGUCACUUCCUCUAACACAAUGGAAACUUCGAUAUAUUCAGAGCUUAAAUCUUUCCAACAACAAUCUCAGUGGCCCAGACCCGACAGGGAUUGCCUUCCCAUUCCUGCAGAAUUUUGAUUUCUCAAAUAACAAUUUCACACGGCCCUUGUGUGGAGAUGCUACGGGCCUAACUAGAGCUUGCAAUUCCAAAAAAAAUAACGACAAAGUUAUAAUUGGUGUCCUUGUACCUGUUUGUGGUUUAUCCUUCAUUGCAGCUUCAAUUGCUCGGAUUCUUAUGUUCCAUAAGAAAACCAAGUGUGCUCUUAAGAAAAUCAAUAGUGCUCAAAACUUUGAGAAUUUUGAGUCAAUGAUAUUGCAAGAAGAAGUAAAAUUUACGUUUGGGGAA